GGGGAGGUGCUGCUGUGGGUCCAGUGAAAUAGGUGUCAGCAGUUUCCCAGAUGUCCUGUCCUUGGCCAUGACGUGGCCCGGGAAAACAUCAGGGAGUGGCUGUGUAUCAAGUCCCAGCAUGAGCCUGGGAUAAAUAAUGGUGGUGCAUCUCCAAGGUUUUCCAAUCUCAUGCGCUGUGGGUGACCCCUGGGGAUCGCGGUCUGUAGAUAAGCAGACAAAGGCCGCCGUACCAGCCAAGAUGUUAAUUAGCAACAUGAUUUUAUUAGUAAAGGCUAAUAUGGCCAAAUGCAGGCCUUCGGACUGGAACAGCAGAGUUAAUCACUGGAAUAAGGGUAGUCGCAUUGGAUGAAGGGGAAACUCUAAAGUUUGCUGCCCUCCCAUCAACCGAAGAAGUUUGGUCUAGUUCCUGUUUCAAGAGUUAAAAGUGUUUCCACUUUGCAGCAGUAGGUUGCUGGAGAAGGUGGUGUCGCAGACUUGCCGCAUUUCCAUACUCCGUUAUCAUUGUUCAGCGUAUUUACCAUUCUUUGCAGCAGCUCUGUUCCAUCACGGCUGGCUGCGGCCUGGGAGGCUGGAGGCAUCUCUGCAGAUUCCAUGAUGCCAGGAAAACGCAGAGUGCAGAUCCUGGUCCCAGAAGAAGUGUCUACUGAGAUGAAAAAGGUUAAAGAUUCCAAAAUGCCAGCAAAACGCAGAAUGAAGAUCUUGGUGCCAGAAGAAGAAUCUACUGAGACAAAAAAGGUUAAAGUCAGCCACCCAUCACAUUGCUCACAGCCUGGGCUGGUGCUGACACUGGGCCAGGGUAAUGUCGGGCAGCUGGGUCUGGGUGAAGACAUCAUGGAGAGGAAGAAGCCAGCUCUGGUCACACUGCCGGAGAUGGUGGUGCAGGUGGAAGCUGGAGGGAUGCACACGGUGUGCCUCAGCCAGACUGGAAAGAUCUACACCUUUGGCUGCAAUGAUGAAGGUGCCCUGGGACGCGACACCUCGGCUGAAGGGUCUGAGAGCUCUCCAGGGCUGGUGGAGCUGCAGGAGAAGGUGGUGCAGGUGUCGGCGGGGGACAGCCACACGGCCGCGCUGACUGAGGAUGGCAGGGUCUUUGUCUGGGGCUCCUUCCGGGAUAACAAUGGAGUGAUUGGCUUGCUGGAGCCCAUGAAGACGAGCUCCGUUCCUGUGCUGCUCCAGCUCAAUACGCCUGUUGUUAAAAUAGUUUCAGGAAAUGACCACUUGGUGAUGCUGACAGUGGACGGCGACCUGUUCACGUGUGGCUGUGGUGAGCAGGGCCAGCUGGGCAGAGUGCCAGCACUCUUUGCCACCCGAGGAGGACGGCGAGGACUGGAACGGAUGCUGGUCCCCCAGCUUGUCCCUGCCAGAGGCAGAGGGAGAAGAAGCAAAAUGCGCUUCCAGGAUGCUUUCUGUGGGGCAUAUUUCACCUUCGCCGUCACGCGUGAGGGACACAUCUAUGGAUUUGGCCUCUCCAACUACCACCAGCUGGGGACCCAGGACACCGAGCCCUGCUUCUCCCCGCAGAACCUCACAUCCUUCAAGAACUCCACCAAGUCUUGGGUUGGGUUCUCUGGCGGGCAGCACCACACGGUCUGCGUCGACUCUGAGGGUAAAGCCUACAGCCUGGGCAGGGCAGAGUAUGGCCGGCUGGGCCUUGGGACAGGGGCAGAGGAGAAGAGUACACCCACCGUUAUCCCGGAGCUCCCCAGUAUUGUCUCGGUGGCCUGCGGAGCGUCAGUUGGUUAUGCUGUCAGCAGUGAUGGACGAGCGUUUGCGUGGGGAAUGGGCACUAACUACCAGCUGGGCACCGGAGAGGAGGAUGAUGUCUGGAGCCCCGUGGAGAUGACAGGGAAGCAGCUGGAGAACCGGCGGGUGCUGGCCGUGUCCAGCGGUGGGCAGCACACUGUGCUGCUGGUCAGUGACAAGGAGCAGAGCUGAUGAAGCGACACUGCAGCUGGACCCAGCGGAAUCACAGCACCCCCAGACCCCCCACAACUUCUGCCUGGGUUGGGGAGCCGAUUACUUGGGGAGGGCAGGAGGCUCAUGGAGCUUGGCCCAGCAGCACCUGCGUGGCUGGAACAGGGUGCCCGUGGGUUCUCUCUGCAAGCGUUUGUCUGUUUUCCUGUGGUGCCCAGUGCUCUGUCAGCUCCCCGGGUCAGCUUGGUCCUAAACUGAUCCCAGUUCUGUGCCUGGAUGGAUUUCCACUUCUUCUCAUCUGUUUUUUUUUUAACAUUUCCUGGCCCAGCAAAGCUGAGGGUUUUGUUCUUCACUCUGCAAUCAGGUUUGGGUAAUAGUCUCCCUGAGGUCCCCAUGUUCCCUACAUCUGGAUGCUCUUCCACCCCCUUCAACUAAAUCACCUCUGGAUUUGUCUGCUGCCACCCCCCAAACCCCUCUGAGCCUGUUUCCAGGUGGAUCUGAGGCCAGCAGGAAUGUGCCCAGGAAGCUCUAUCCUCUAAUCCAGAGCUUGUGACUGCUGUGGGGAAAUUCUGCCUGGUGAGGGAGAAUGUUGCUGGAUGAUGCCUAGCACAGUGUGACCGCUGGAGGCUCCUGCCUCCCAUCCCCUCAAGCUGAGCCCUGCCUGGCAGUGAGGCCAGGAGCAGGUUCCCCACUCCCCAUGGCCUGGAGCAGCCACCUCAUGGUACUUUUCACAGUCCUGGCCACCCCCUCUUGGCCAUUGCCUUUGGAAACCCAACCACGAGUGGGAACAUUGUUACUUUAAUUUUUUUCUCUUUCACUUGCUGAGAAAGGAGGUUCAUUUGCUGUUAGGGCCUUGAUGAGCAGACACCCAGACCCCAAGCUGUGCAUGGAGUUGCUGGAAACAACAGGACUCCUCCUCCCCAUUGCCUCCCUGGUCUAACUGGUCUUGAUUCCUGUGCCCAGCCUGCUCUUUCCUCUCCUUAUAGGAGGUACCUUCCAGGUACCUGGAGUGAGGAGGCCUCUGCAAAAAGUUAAAUUAUAGCAAUAGGAGAGGGAUGGGUUGUGGCUGGGGAGGGGGUUCUGGGGUGUCUGGGGUUAUACAAUGGUUCCAAAGGGGUUGGAUUUUUUUAAAAAAGAAAAUGUAUUUUGGUUGAUUAAUCAAGGCAGAAAGGAAAAAAAAAUCUUUUAACAUUUGGAAUAAACUGAGUUUUGAUAAACCCAGGCUUUUCCUGCGCUUUGGAGGGCUGGGCAGUUCUCCCAUAGGGACAGUCGGGACAGGUGGCUGCGUUUUGGGGCGCUGUCCUGGUCCCAGCUGUGUCCGAAUGUUCUGUGGCCGCCAGGUGGCAGCAGGAGGAUGCGCUGGCAGCUGUGGGGCCACGGGACUGGGAGAACUGGGACGGAGAGAGGGCAUGGUCCCUGUCAUCUGUCACCCCCUCUUCAGUUCCCAGCCUGUCUGACGGGUCACCCCAGGUAUCUUUGGGUCUCCAGGAACACAGCCAAGCCCAUGGCACGCCUGGAAGAAUCCUGGCAUGUCUGGAGCUGAGCCAGAUGUGUGUGGAGACUGGAAGCCGUGGGGCAAAUUCCCACAUCCUGGUGUGACUGGAGCCCCAGGUUGCUGUUUACAUUUAAUGCAUUUGGGCAGGAGCAGGCUCCUUAGUGAGCCUGGGCACUGAGAGGAGCUCUGCUGCUCCCAUGUGGGAUGAACUUGGAUUUACAAUCAGGGAUGGCCUCAGUGGGUCCAGCUCUGGGGGGCUCGGGGCCCCCACAUCCCGUCAGGUGGGUUUGUUCUGGUGGUUGCAGUCCUGGGCUUGCAAAGGACUUUACCUCUAAGCAAAAGGUUGGGAUGUGGGCCCACAGGGAAUGUUGUAUUGUGAGGGAUCAAGCCCAUGUUUUGCCAUCACUGCAGGCUGAGCCAUGGGCAAGUGCUCUCUAAUCCUGUGGCUAAUUUUGCUCCCUGGGGACCAUCACCAUUUGAUACUGUUGAAUGUCUUUGUCAGUCUUCCAUGCUCACUUAAGCUGGCUGUGGGUGAUUUGUAGUAUUUUUUAAAAUAAAACCCAAACGCUUUCCCUUUAUAAGUAAAUAUGCUAUGAAGA